AUCGCAUGCUCUCUUGGGAAUCUUGAAAUUGCUGAAAUCUUAAUCGCUCAUGGUGCUCUCAUCAUGGCGAAGGAUUACAGAGAACGGACAGCUCUCUCGCAUGCUAUAAUCAACGGACAAGAACAUUGCGCAGCUAUGCUACUGGCAAAAGGAGCUGACUUUCUCAAGGGUGAUUCAUCCAACAAUACGCCAGCGCACUAUGCUGCUGCUUAUGGAUGGUUGGAAUGUUUGAAACUUUUGGCGGAUGUUGAUCCAAGCUGCCUCAAACAAGAGAAUGAUCGGAAGCUGACACCGCUUUCCAUCGCAUACCUCAAAGGACAUUAUGGAAUUGUGCAAUGGCUGCUGGACGAGAAGUCUGAAUAUGUCGAUAUAAACGGAACGGAUUCGAAAGGUGUCACACUGCUGUCGUCUUUACUGCGUUACACCGAUGAGGAUGCGCAAAGCGAACUUCUUGAACGAAUGCAGUACUUACUCUCCAGGUAG